AUGUUUCCACGAACGACUGUAGCAGUCAUCGCCUUACUAGGCACCGCCAGUGCUCUACCCAGCGAUGUCGCUCCAGUGCACAAACGUGCCGACAAGAACACAUACGACUAUGUGAUUGUCGGUGGUGGUAUUACUGGACUUGUGGCUGCAAAUCGUCUUUCUGAAGACAAGAAGAACGUGGCGGCGGAAUUCAACAUGUCCUGGGAUCCUACGGCUUACGGAAACGGCCCUUUGAAGCUCGGUAUCUCGGAUUUCCAGUAUCCCGAUAUCAAAGACUACUUUAAAGCCUUCCAAGGUGCAGGCGCAAAAAUGCAGCUUGACGGUAACAAUGGAGAUGCGUACGGCGCGUCCUGGUGGGCUAACACAUAUAACCCCGAGACUGGCGAAAGAUCACACGCUCGUAACUCCUACUACGACCCUGUGUCGGCUCGCUCAAACUUGAAGGUUCUUUUGGAGACGCUUGCCACGGAGCUCGUAUUCGACAGUGGUGAGAAACUCACUGCGAAGGGUGUUAAGAUUACUUGCAAGAAGACGAACACGACACUGCCCACAUUACGAUGCACCUUCUUCCUGCCAUCUCUGAAGAGACUGUUCCUUGUUUGCGAGGGUAGUAGACCUACCCUCAUACUAACAGGACAAUUUACGAACAUUAGUAACGAGUUGAUCGUAGCGUAUGUGGUGUACCAGCAAGAUGGCCAGUUUCUUCUUACUACAUAG